CUCAGAUGGGCGUAACUUCUUUUCAAUGCCAAAAGCACAGUUUGUUGUAGCUGAUAUGGUUGAGAGCCGUUAUAAGGAAAAACAAGCCAAGACGCGCGGUCCUUCCAUGCUGUAUAACAUGUGCCUAAUAUUUACUGAUGGGACACGUCUCUGUGUUACGCCUAUACACACACACUAGGACAAGAGAAGAUGGACGCGCACAUUCCCAGCAGGUCAGAACCAGUUUCUUCAAAGCAGUUUGCUUUUUUAAGGACACUCUUCAUCCCACUCAUUAUUUUUGUGUUUCUCUACUUCAUCCAGUGGCUCACUAGAGAAAAUGGUAAUAAUUACAAGCCUAUUGUUUUGUACCCUCUCCCAAAAAAGAAGCCGUCACCCUCGAUGCCAUGUGGCGUGCCAGUGCAAAAUGAUCCAAUCAUUAAAGUCAACAAUCUUAAAACAUAUCUGGUCGGCUCCUACGUAGAGCACCGUCAGGAGGUGAAAAUGAUAAAGACGAUCGCUAUAGUGCUUCGUAGUGAAACCACAAAGUAUAACUGCUUGCUGUGCUGCAGCGGACAGACGACAUCCGUACCCGCUAUGUACAACAUUCACUCUGACCACUUUGGGUUUGAAUACGGUACGGCUGAUAUUACCUGCCAAUUACCAGAAAACUGUGAAACACCGACACAUGUGGCAAUCACUUCCCGAUCAUCUAAUAAGGAUGGAUCCUCACAGGACAUUCACACCUUCCAACCUGUCAGGAAUCAGCAGAAGCAGGAAGUCUUUCCUUAUGAGUUUACAGUCUGCAUUUCUGUCAUGUAUGAUUAUGACAAUGUCCUGGAGCUUGUGCAGGCCAUGGAGAUGUUCAAGAUACUCGGAGUCCAGAAGGUAGCUAUUUACAAAACCAGUUGCCUUCCCAAAACACAGAAGGUCCUGGAUUACUACAUCAAGCAGAACUUUGUGGAACUUAUCCCCUGGAAAGUGAAUUCUUACAUCAAGGUGUCCAGAGGCUGGCAGAAAUCGGUUUCAUCAGGAGAGCUGCAUUACUACGGCCAAAUUGCGGCACUCAACGACUGUGUGUAUCGUUACAUGUACCAGACUCGCUAUGUAGCUCUGCAAGACUUGGAUGAAAUUAUUCUACCUAUGAAUUUAAAAAACUGGACAGAGCUCCUGCCUGAACUGGAGAGGAAAUACAAUCAGAUUGGUGGCUUUGAAUUUGAGAAUAAUUAUUUUCCUCUUUCAAUCACGGAUUCAAGCCCUAAGUAUUCUCCAGACUCCUGGAAGAAGGUUACGGGAGUAAACAUUUUACAACAUAUCAUUAGAAUAAGCAAUGAUCCGACGAAAUUCAAUAACUUCAAAGUGAUUGUUAAUCCUCGCUUAGUGUUUCAGACUACAGUCCACGGACUUUUGCAGACUGUGAGGAAUAGUGUCAGAGUGGACCCUCACAUUGCCCGUAUGUAUCACAUGAGAUCCAUUCCAAGAGAAAUCUGGGUAACACGUUCCCAAAUACAGGACACACAUCUGAGGGACUAUGCGGACAGUCUGAUCCCGGCUGUUUCUGAAGUUCUUCGACAAGCACUGGGCAUUUAAUAAAAUGCAUAACUAAUCUGUAUUAAACCAGAAAAUGUGUGAAAAUAAUUAAUAUAUAUAUAUAUAUAUAUAUAUAUAUAUAUGAUCAAUAAAUUUUAUAUAAACAUUUCAUGCCACUGUCUAAAAAUUCCAAAUGCAUUCUAAUAAAUUUAGCUGGAACAAUGAUUAGCUGAAUGUCAUAAGACAGGACUUUCUUGUAACAUUUACUGCAGUUUUUAUAGACAAAUAAAAUGCUUUUAAAUAUAUGAAUUAUCAGUUAAAUAUGUGAAACUCUGUUCAGUUUGUAGUCUUCUUGAAUCCUGUGAUGCCUGUACAUAAAGCAUGAUAUGCACACAACUUCCUGUGAAGUGUAAAACACUAUUAAGCUAUAUACUAAUUCAGUAUCUGACAGAAAUUCUGUCAUUGAAUGGUAAGAUGAUUAAAAUGCAAAGAUUUACGCAACUAUUCAGCAAUGUAGAAGGUAAGAACAACCCAUGACAGUAAGAUGCAUAAACAAUACAUAAACAGUACAUAAACUUAAUUGCCAGUUUAUUAGGCACCCCCAGCUUUUGCCCUAUUUUUUUCCAGUUUCAUUUUUAUUGAACAUUUUUGCUGUACAUUUCUGCUGAACUAAACAUUUCUGCUGAACAUAUCUGUUGAACAUAACAUUUCUGCUGAACUAAACAUUUCUGCUGAACAUUUAUGCUGGACAUUUCUGCUGAACAAAACAUUUCUGCUGGACAUUUCUGCUGAACUAAACAUUUCUACUGAACAUUUCUGCUGAACAUUUCUGCUGAACUAAACAUUUCUGCUGAGUAUAUCUGUUGAACAUUUCUGCAGAACAUUUCUGCUGUACUAAACAUUUCUGCUGAAGCUUUUGCCCUUUUAUUGGCUGACCACCUAUUAUUUGGAUGUCUGGUCAGUUUUAGUCCUGUGAUGGGUCUAUUUAAAUCUUGGAGGAAGUACAAGGGAGAAGACAGGGGCGUAGCCAUCAUUUCAGAUGGGGGGGACAGAAUAUCAAGGGUAUUCAUUGUUUCUGACCUUGGCCUAAUUGGUGGAUUUCAUCUCUUCUUGCUCUUAAUUGGUUUAAUAUGCAAUUUAAGAUUCUGUACUUGCAUGUUAUAUUGUAUAUUGCACUGUAUUAUUUAAAUUUUGCAAAUUGUAUUUAGGCGCACGGUGGCUUAGUGGUUAGCAUGUUCACCUCACGUUCACCUCACACCUCCAGGUUCAGGGGUUUGAUUCCCACCGUGGCCCUGUGUGCGGAGUUUGCAUGUUCUCCCUGUGCUGCGGGGGUUUCCUCCGGGUACUCCGGUUUCCUCCCCCAGUCCAAAGAAAUGCAUGGUAGGCUGAUUGGCAUGUCCAAAGUGUCCGUAUUGUGUGAAUGUGUGUAUGUGUUUGUGUGCCCUGCCUUGCCUUGUGCCUGAUGCUCCCUGGGAUAGGCUCCAGGUUUCCCUGGUAGAGGGUGGAUGGAUGGAAAUUGUAUUCAGUGUACAUUGUAUUGCAUAUACAUAGCACACUUUAUAUAAUAUAUAUUUGUAUAAUCACACACUACUUUAUUCUAUUCUAUUCUAUUCUGUUGUUAUUGGUAUGUUCCUGUCCUGCCUUGCCAACCUGCCUGUUUCUUGUUCAAUCUAUUGCCAAUACAGUAAAAAGUUAGAUCUAUAAUGAAAAAGAACCCUAUAAAUUAAAACCUAUAUCAGAGCAUUAAUGCAUACCAGUUAAUAACUGUUAAUAUUUUUAAAUACUACAUAUCCAUGAUACUGUGGAAGAUUUUUAGAAGUUCUCUCACUUUUCUAUUGAAUGAUAUAUAGUUAUGUAUAAAAUGGCAGGGUUACACUUUACAAAAGAGUUUGAAAAUAAGUGCACGUUUGUGCUGGACUAAUAUUGUAAGCUGUACUGUGUAGCCUAAUAUUACCAUCAAAUCUAACUAAUUAUUCAUCAAUGUAAAUAGCUAGCGUUUAAAAAGGAAUAUGUAGCAAAUUAUUCAUCGUAGGCCGAUGACAUCAGAUGACGUCAGAAAACCUCUGCCUUUCCGCAAAGCAAUGUAUACGUACUUCCGUUUUACCUUGCGCUGCCAAAGUACCAUGGGUUGCGCAACUGACAUUCUACUUUUUACAACAGAACAGUUUUCUUGCUUCUAAAAUGAAACAUUCUGGACGGAGAGCGAUCUUCUGUCAAACUCACCAGUGUAUAUAUGCAUCCUAUCCUACGAGAUGAAGGAGAAGCAGUGUGUGCUCGGCAAUCUACCUGUCGCAAAAGCACAAGCUUAGUUUAUGGCCUUAGUGCUUUUAAAGCAUAAUAAUAAUAAUAAUAAUAAUAAUAAUAAUAAUAAUAAUAAUAAUAAUAAUAAUAAUGAAACACACCAUCAGGGUGUCAUUCACUAUAUGUUCAAUGGUGACCGGAGCUGGACUGCAGCUCUUUGGCCGUGGCCUCUGUUUCCUGAGUGAAUCCCUAAAAUCCAUUCCAAAUCCCAUCCAUGUUCUAACGCAUAUAUCUUGUCAUGUAGAAUGAUCCACAUCUGAUGCCGGAAGGGGCAGCAAUACUGCGUUUGUGACGUAAUCGUGACAUUGAUGAUGACGCACGUCUGAGAGACAGAUCCUUCCGCUUUUAUAUCAUAAGGGUGACAGCUAAUUGGCUUACAACCACAAUACAAUUAUUAGGGAAGAUAACCGACUUCCCCACUACACAGCGAUACAAACUUUUGCACACACACACACAUAUAUACACACACACAGUAAUCUUUGCAAGUUACAUGAUUUGAAGUCGAUAAGAGUCAAUAGAGGUUUGUCUUUUCAUGUGUAAAUUUCAACACACUCCGGUGCAUGAGUAGAAUAUGGAUGUUUUUCUGAAGUUACAGGAUUUUAAAGAACACAAAAUUUCUUGGGUAAAGGUUCUUGCGAGCAAACAAAUCCAUUUGUAUCCAGCUUGAUAAAUGAGGCCCAUUGUCUCAGCCCCUGUCAAUGAAAAUCAAGAAGCUGAGUAAAGGUGUGUGUGUGUGUGUGUGGAAGAAUUUGUCACAUUGUUUAAGAUCCGCCCUCGGAGACACAGAAACAGAGUGUACGUGUGCGUAUGCGUGUGAGUACUGUGGGAGGUUGACACUGGACAGAUGGGCAAUCUGACUGCAGCUUGUCACAGGGCAGUAUUUUCAAAGCUGUUUGUUUUUCCAAGGAUCCUUGUAUUCCCUCUCAUCCUUAUUCUGCCCAUCUUCCUCACUGGAGUAAUUAACAUCAAGAAUUACAAGCCUAUUGUUUCUUACCCUCACUGGAGAAGAAGGCUGAUGGCAUGUGGCGUGCCAGUGCAAAAUGAUCCUAUCAUUAAAGUCAGCAAUCUUAAAACAUAUCUGGUUGGCUCCUACGUAGAGCACCGUCAAGAGGAGAAAAAUAUACGUACGAUUGCUAUAGUACUUCGCAAUGAAAGCACAAAGUAUCACUGCUUUCUGUGCUGCAACGGUAAAAAUGUGUCCAUACCUGCGAAUUACAGCAUUCACUCUGACCACUUUGGGUUUGAAUACGGCACGGCUGAUAUUACCUGCCAAUUACCAGAAUUAUGUACAACACCGACACAUCUGGCUAUCACUUCUCAAUCACAUAAAAAGGAUAGAUACUCUCAAGACAUCCACACCUUCCAACCUGUCAGGAAUCAGCAGAAGCAGGAAGUCUUUCCUUAUAAUUUUACAGUCUGCAUUUCUGUCAUGUAUGAUUAUGAUAAUGUCCUGGAGCUUGUGCAGGCCAUGGAGAUGUUCAAGAUACUCGGAGUCCAGAAGGUAGCUAUUUACAAAACCAGCUGCCAUCCUGAUACGCAGAAGGUCCUGGAUUACUACGUCAGGCAGAACUUUGUGGAACUCAUCCCCUGGCAUGUAGCGUCCUACGUUAAUGUGUCCAGAGGCUGGAAUAAGACGCUGUCAUCAGGAGAGCUGCAUUACUUUGGGCAGAUUGCGGCACUCAAUGAUUGUGUGUAUCGUUACAUGUACCAGAGUCGCUAUGUAGCUCUGCAAGACUUGGAUGAAUUAAUUCUGCCUAUUAACAACAAAACCUGGCCAGAACUCCUACCUGAAUUGGAGAGGAAAUACAAUCGCAAGCUGGGCUUUGAAUUUGAGGCAUAUUUUUUCCCACUCUCUAUCAUGGAUUUGAAGCCAGAGUAUUCACCAGCCUCAUGGAAGAAGGUUACGGGAGUCAACAUCUUAGAACAUGUCUAUAGGUUAAGCAAUGACCCCAAAGAGUUCAAUAAUUUUAAAGUGAUCGUAAAUCCUCGCUUAGUCUUUAGUACUACAGUGCAUGGAUUUCUGCAGUCUGUGAAUGAUAGCAUCAGGGUGGACCCUGCGAUCGCACACCUUUACCACGUGAGGAACAUUUCGGGUGAAAUCUUAACAAAACGUUCCAUCGUACGAGACACACGUCUCAGAGACUUCGCAGACAGGCUGAUCCCUGCUGUUUCUAAAGUGCUUCAGCAGGCACUGGACGUCUACUGAAGUCUAUGUACAUGUAUGAUCUGUGCUUAAUCAGAAUUGUUGUCAGUGGGGCAAUUUGUAUCUGUAUUUAGCAUAUUUACUUAAGGCACAGUGAUGUUGAAUUCUCGAUUCUGACUGGUCAACAGUUGUUGAUUUAUUUUCUUCAACAAUAGUGCUGACUCCUAGGCAAAAGGUUUAUAAUAAUGUGCUCCUCAGAUACUUUAUAAUUUCUAUAAUAAAAGUUAAUUCACAUUUAACUUGUAUGGACUUGUAGGACUUGUAUGAUGGACACUCCACCUAAUCUAAGAUGGAUUUGAAAUGUGUUGUUAUUUAACAAAGAUAACCAGCACUGUUGAUAUGAAGUCUUCUAUAAGGAGGAUCGAGUCUCUGGUGUCAGUGCUUUUGUCAGAGGAUGUUCUGGUUUUUCAGUAGCAUGACAAACUGCAUUUUUUUUUUUGUCUUACUAACUUCAAGGGAGAGAAAAAGAGGGGAUGUUGAGAAAAUAACUGUUUACAAUGUAAGGGAUAUCAGGAAUGAACUUUUCAUGGAUGUGUUCUUUAUUUAAUAAAAAGUUUUUAAUCGC